AUGUGGCUGCUUUACGAGCAGCCUGACACCAAGUUUGACGGCGUGGCCAUGCGCUUCAUGGACAUACGCAAGCGCGUCUACGAGCUGCCCAAGCUGGGCGCCAGGGCCGACAUGGUGUGCAUACCCACCACCAGCGGGACGGGCUCGGAGGUCACGCCCUUCUCGGUCGUCACGGACGAGGUCAGCGGUGAGAAGUACCCCCUGGCUGACUACGCCCUGACCCCCACCAUGGCCAUCGUGGACCCUCACCUGGUGAUGUCCAUGCCCAAGAAGCUCACGGCCUACGGCGGCAUCGACGCCCUCACACACGCCCUCGAGUCGUACGUAUCGAUCUACGCCACAGACUACACGCGCGGCCUGGCGAAGGAGGCGAUCCGCAUCCUGUUCAAGUACCUGCCCACGGCCUACGCCAGCGGAGACAGGGACCUCAAGGCCAGGGAGAAGUGCGUGGCACCACCAUAG